UUUGUUUUUCAAUCGUUGUUGUUGUAACAUUUUACAACAUUAAGCAUCGACAUUCUCUCACACAUUUCUUGAUUCGAUUCUGAUUACCAUCAUCAUCAUCAUGCCAAAAAGAACGGAUCGUAAAAAUGGAUCCGAAAAUGAUCAUCAACAACAACAUGAAGAAAUGGAAUUGGAUACUUAUUUCAAUAAUAAAAUUGAAAUUCCACAUGAUCCAUAUGAAGAUUAUUCAUUUAGUUGGAGAAAAUUAUGGGCAUUUACCGGGCCUGGUUUCCUGAUGUCGAUUGCAUAUCUUGACCCGGGAAAUAUUGAAUCCGAUAUGCAAACAGGUGUUAUUGCUAAUUAUCGUUUACUUUGGGUAUUACUUUAUUCAACUAUAUUAGGUUUAUUGAUGCAAAUAUUAUCAGCACGUAUGGGUGUUGUAACCGGGAAACAUUUAGCUGAAUUAUGUUAUUCACGUUAUCCAAAAUUUCCAAGGUUAUUAUUAUGGAUAAUGACCGAAAUUGCUAUUAUUGGUUCGGAUAUGCAAGAAGUUAUUGGUACUGCAUUAGCACUUUAUAUGCUAACAAAUCGUUGGUUACCAUUAUGGGUUGGUGUUUUACUUACCAUUCUGGAUACGGUUACAUUUUUAUUUUUGGAUAAAUAUGGUCUUCGUAAAUUGGAAUCCUUUUUUGCUUUUCUUAUUACAGUUAUGGCAGUAACUUUUGGUUAUGAAUUUUUUCUUGCAAAACCUAAUGCCGGAAAAAUUGGUUUAGGAAUGGCAUUGCCAUAUUGUAAAGAUUGUGAUAAAGAUGUUUUAUUACAAGCAGUCGGUAUUGUUGGUGCUAUAAUUAUGCCACAUAAUCUUUAUCUACAUUCAGCAUUGGUAAAAUCACGUAAUGUUAAUAAUCGUAAACGAUUGGAAACAAAAGAUGCAAAUCGUUAUAUAUUGAUUGAAUCAAGUAUUGCAUUAUUUGUAUCAUUUUUGAUUAAUUUAGCUGUUACGGCAAUAUUUGCACAUGGUUUAUUUGGUAAAACAAAUUCAGAUAUUUAUCAUUUAUGUUCAAAUCAUACAGAAAAAUUUAUCAAUAUGGAUAUAUUGGAUAAUGAUAAUGAAAUAUUUAAAGCUGAUCUUUAUCAAGCUGGUCUAUAUCUUGGCUGUCAAUUUGGUGCAUUACCAUUUUAUAUUUGGGCAAUAGGUAUAUUGGCUGCUGGUCAAUCAUCAACAAUGACCGGUACAUAUGCCGGACAAUUUGCAAUGGAAGGUUUUCUUAAUCUUAAAUGGCCACGUUGGAAACGUGUACUAUUAACACGUAGUAUUGCAAUUGCACCAACAUUAGCUGUAACAGUAUUUUCGGAUAUAAAAAAAUUAACCGGUAUGAAUGAUUAUCUAAAUGCAUUGAUGGUCAUACAAUUACCAUUUGCCGUACUGCCAACAUUAACAUUUUCAUCAUCCAAAUUAGUAAUGGGAAAAUUUGUUAAUAAUUUAUUCAAUCUAAUUAUUGCAACAAUAUUAUCAAUUAUUGUUAUUGCAAUUAAUGUUUAUUCACCAAUACAAUUAACGAUUGAUAAUUCUGAUCAACAAAAUCGACCAUUUCUUUAUCCAUUAUUAAUUAUUGUUGGUAUUCUUUAUGUUACAUUUAUUUUUUAUCUGGUUGGCUGCUUUCUUAGUGUACUUGGUGUACGUUUUCAUGAACGAAUUCCAGUGAUUGGAAAAUAUUUUAAAGAACCAGAUGAAAUUGAAUUUAAAUAUAUUGAUUAAAUCAAAUCUGAAUCUGAACUUUUGUUUUAUCAUUUA